ACAAGAAAACUAGGAAAAGUUAAAAGUGGACAUCACAUCCUAAUAAGAGAGAAAUAAAUUUUUAAGAUUAACAAAUUGUUACAAAUUUAAAAAAGCAAAUAAUUACAAUAUAAGAAAUAAUUACGAAACUUAAAAAGUGAAAGUGGUAAAACAUUAGAGGAAAACUAAAAAACAUUAAAAGACUUACAAAUAGCCAAAAAAUAGCAACGAAGUGAAAUUUGGAACAUUAAUAAGAUUAUAAAAAAAAUUGAAACAAAAUGAAUAACGCAAAUCAACCAGCCCUUAACCCAGCGCAAAACAACAUACAAUUACGUACGCUAGACAUCAAUCCCCUUACAUAUAUUGAAAAACUAAGGGAAUUUGAUGGGAAGAAGGAAGACCUCACAACAUUCAUAACAAAUGUAGAUGACAUAAUUCCUACAUUAAUGUUAUACAACGAACAAGCUCAAAGAAUGUGUAUGAACAUCGUAAAAUCAAAACUAACUGGAAACGCCAGAAGAGCAAUGGAGGUUCAUCCCCAUUUGACCCUUUGGACUGACAUAAAAGCGAUGCUAAAUACCAACUUUGGUGGCUUUGCCACUGUGGACCAAUUAUAUCAGGAACUGAGAGCAGCGCAGUAUAAAGGAGAUACUAUGGAUUUCUACAACCACAUCCAACACAAACUAGCAAUUCUUAACCAAAAAUGUGGUCAGGAGAAUCGAUUGGAUGAAGUCGAUAGGAAUAUCCAAACUGGUCUGAAGACUUUUAUAACACGUCUUCCAAUCCAUAUGAGGACUGUAUUAUGCGCAUUAAAACCACAAAGUAUGGAGGAAGCUUUGCAUGAAUUGAGCUCUGCGGGAUUCCUGAACAACGAAAAGAAGAAGGACAAACCACAACCAAGUCCCCAACAGCAACAUUGGCAACCAACGAUAAUGCAGCCACAUUACCAACAACAACAACAACAUUGGCAACCAAAAAUAAUGCAGCCACAUUACCAACAACAGCAACAUUGGCAACCAAGGAUAAUGCAGCCACAUUACCAACAACAACAACAUUGGCAGCCGAGAAUUGUACAACCAAAUUUCCAGCAACAUGGAUCGCAACAACCUUACUACAAGCCUCAGCAACCACAAAUCAGACAACAGCCUCCAACAUCAUAUCAACAAAAGCAUGAAUCAAUGGAUGUUGAUGCAUCUCAACAAUCAAAAAGGCAGACACACCACCAGGAGCAGAAAUCAUGUCUCUGGAAGUCCUUGCUGGCGAUUUUCUUGAUGAUAUCCCCAGUGGUAGCGCAGAAGCUCGAGGUAGUCGAUUUGAAUAAAGGCAACGGAUAUGCAAUGAUACAACUUAAUGACAAAAUGUUAAUAGAUGACUAUAUUAAAAUUCUUCACAUAUUUAACACCACAAAAUAUAUGGAUUUUUUGAAUGAAUUGGGAGAGGAAGUUUCGCAUAUUAAUGAUUCAUUUUUAUCGCAUGAAAUCGAGCACAUACAUUUACGACUUAAAAGUAUUAUUCCCCAUCAAGCUAGAAAUAGAAGAGGUUUAAUUAAUCUUUUUGGUACAGGAUUAAAAUAUCUAUAUGGUACAAUGGAUAAUAAUGAUAGAGAAGAGAUUGAAAGACAAUUGCAAAAUUUGGAGAAGAAUGAACAUAAUAUAAUAACGCAAACUAAUAAUCAAAUACACAUAAAUACACAAUUUGACAAUCAAUUAGCUAACUUAACAAAAUUAUAUAAUGACCAAACAAAACUGUUGAUUAAGAGCAUGUCAAACGUUAAAUCAAUUAAAGAUAACACAGCAAAAGCUGAUAAAGUUUACCGUCUUAAAUACCAAAUUGAUCAUAUGGGCAAAUUAUUAGAUAAAGUAAGAGACCUAAUCUUGGCUUCCAAAUUAAAUAUUCUCACUCGAGAUAUCCUGAGUGAUGAAGAAAUUAGAAUAUAUAAUAUAACCAUAGAUAAAAUGAAAGAAAUUAAGAUGAAUUUAGCCCUUUACAAAAAUAAUAUAGUAUUUGUCUUAAAAGUACCCCAAUAUAAUCCUAAAAUAUUCCAAGAAGUAUAUAUUCAACCAAUACCUAAUAAAGAAAAAAUGCAAAUUAAUAUUGCAGAAAAAUUGUAUAUCACAAAAGAUAAUAAAAUUUAUUAUGAUGUUAAUGAAACACCAAAUCUAAGGGAAGUUGAGGAUGAUUGUAUAUCCAAUCUGUUUAAUUAUAAGCUCAUGAAAUGUCAUUAUAUACAAAAUACUAAACCAAAAGUUGUCGAAAUUGGCUUAAAUAUUAUAAUUGCUAUAAAUACUAAUCAAAUUGUUAAUCAUUAAAAUUAUCUGGAAAUCACAUGCUGAUCAUAGAAAAUUGCAAAGUAAAAUUGGACAAAUGGUACAAUAAAGUAAUGUUUCAAAACAUGUUAAUAAUUCCAAAUCCCUACAGAGACAUACAUAUGAUAAAUGAUUCAUAUGAUUCUUUAGAGGAAAUACAGUAUCAUCAUAUUAAAAAUACCGAAUUCAUAUCAGAAAUAAAAUUUGAACAGAAAGUAACUAAUUACACAGUAAUAGUCUUGACAGCUGUAAUUAUACUUAUUAUAGCAUUGUAUCUGUAUGUAAAAUAUAGAUCAAGCACAGUAAAAGUAAAAGUAACUAUGCCCUUCCCCUCAGCUCCUUUGGAACACGGGAAAGAGUCUUCGUCCGGGGGUGUUAUAACCCAAACCAAAAUGCCUUUCCAAUGACUUGGCAAUAUAUUCAUAUUACAAUUAUCGUAUUCAUAUUACAAUUAUCGUACCAUCUGUCAUUUAGACAAAAAAGCCACACCCUUCUUGCAAAUCACACAAUCGAUCGUAUUUCAAAUCAUACGAUCGAAUCAAAAGACCAAUAAAUAAUCAUACGAUGUAUCUAGAAUUAAAAUAAACAAUUAUGUAUAUUGCACUCAUUGACAAAUAAAGAUUUAGUUCUAUUCCAGCAGCAAACUUUAAUUGACGUGUUAUUUUUUAACGCGAGUUUCGCCAAAGGGAGGAAACUCACUUUAGUUUUUAAAAAAU